CUGGGACAGGAAACUGCGCGUUCUGAUGAUGUCAUCACUCGGCUCCCUGUGAGUGCAGUUGGAAGCCAUGCUGCUUUCCUGGACUGGUAUUCAGGUAACAGGCACGGAUAAUAGUUCAAGAAACUUUGUAAGAUGGGCACGGAAAAAAAGAAGAUGCAUGGGAAGAAACGAAACAAACAGCAGACAGAAAAGGUAAACACAGAAGAUCCACCCACAAAGCAAUUGAAACACGACAAGAGCGCUCAAGGCAAACCAACAAAAUCAUCCAAAAGCGAGGACAAAAAGGGUUCUGCUGACUCUGCCAUUCCUAGACUAGACCCCAAAUCUGUGGGGUACUUCCGAAGGGUGGGAGAUACUCUGCAGCAAGACUUUGAGUCAGAUGAAGACCGAGGUCUGUUUGUCAGGAAUGUGUUUAACGAGGUGCAGGGAAACGAGCUGUCUCUGUCCACAGACAUGUCGGCAAGUAUUGUGCUUCAGAAGUUGCUUUCCGUCGCCACGUCUGCCCAGCUGUGUCAGGUGCUGAGCGCACUGAGUGGGAACUGGCAGGCUGUGUGCUGGCACCGAAGCGGGGCGCAUGUCAUCCAGACUGCUCUCCUGCAGUAUCCGCGACUUCAGAACCAGCCGGAAGAAGACGAGUCUGACGAGGACCUUGAUGUCCAGCCUUGUAGUAGUUUGGAGGAGCUGGUUUUCAGUCUUUGUUCAGAGGUGAAGGAAAAGUUUCUACAGUAUAAUCAGAGCGUCCACGGGAGCUUUAUUGUGCGGACCCUUUUCCAGGUGCUCAGUGGGGUUAUCCUAAACUCUGAAACGGAGAGAAGGAAAGGCGCCCAGGGAUUAACAGUAAAAUCAGAGUUUGACGUUCCAGAGACUUUCCUGCAGCAGUUACAGGACCUUUGUAGCUGUUUCUCGGAUCUAAUUGGAGUAUUUGCCACGCAUAAAAUUGCCAGCCUCGGGAUGCAGGUUGCCCUCCAGAUUCUGCAACGGAAAGUUCCUUCGGCAUGUGCUGAACUGUGCGACCAAGUGAUUGAUUAUCUGUCCUCUCGCAACGUGUCGGCAGAGAGCAGCUCUCUCUUGGUGUUCUUGAAAGAUGAGACAAGUAGCCGGCUCCUGGAGAAGAUUCUGGAAGUUUCUGAGAAGAAGCAGCUACAACGACUGUUCCGAAAACACUUCCAAGGCCAGCUCGAAGCCCUCUCCUGCCACCCCAUUGCCAACUACACUGUGCAAAGGCUGAUCUCCUCUACCCAGACCAAAAAAAUGUUUUCCUCCAUUAUUGAAGAGUUGGGUGGAGGUCUUGAGAACAUUUUAGCCAAAGGUCAUAUGGGGAUCAUUACAAAUCUAGCUGAUGCCUGCAAGAGGUUGAAACGAUGCCAGACGGAACUUGUAUCCCAGCUUAUGGAGGCAUUCCACUGUGCAGUGCCAACAUCCCGCCAGGUGACGUGCGUGCCUCUUCUCCUCUCACUACUCACCUUUGAGGUUUAUUUUAACAUUGAAGAAGAAGAAGACAAAGAAGAGAAGGAAAAAUCUGCUUCAGAACAUCCGGUUAACACAGAGCGCAAACUGGAGAUGGUAAACUAUCACGGCUCCCUGCUUGUGCAACAUCUCCUCCAUUUUGAAGACCCAAUGCCAGCGCUAAACAGCUUGGGGAGCAUGACAGAGGUCGACCUCUUGACCGUCGCUUGCAACCAGGCCGGCAGCCAUAUUUUUGAUGCCCUGCUCAACAGCGCCACCAUAACAGAUAAACAGAGGAAAAAGGUUCUGCGGAAACUGAGGGUUCACAGCAUGCAGCUUGCGUGUAACAAGCAUGGAAGUAGAGUACUUGAUCGAAUUUGGGCUGCAUCUACAAUGGGCGUGAAAGAGGAGAUUGCUCAGCAACUAGUUGAAAGACUAAACGAGCUUCAGAACGAUGCGAUUGGCCACCACAUUGCCCGCAAUUUUGCUUUGACACAUUUUGUGAAGCGCCGAAAAGACUGGGAAGAGCAUCAGCAGGCAGAGAAGAAGAGGCGGAAGAUGUUUGCAGAAAUUUUGGAGGACUGAGGUGGAAUUAGUGGUGGUACCUGUACAGUUUUACACUGUAGUGCUGUCUCCAACGCAUUUCAAGGACAGUGCAUUUGGAAUUGGUCAGUGAUGAUCUCAGAGAGAGUCCAGGUAUUAUUUAAUUUCCAACUAUCCUACAUGGCUUGUACGGCUCCGAUGUCCUGUCCGUAGCGAGGUGGGCUGUGCAUUCUGUAAAUCUCACAAUCUUCCACCAUGACCACACAGCAGCCUUGAGUAUAUUAUUCAAGUGCAGGUGAAGGAUGAGUGUAAACAAAAAGAAAAAAAUAUAUAUAUCACAGUUUGUAGAACAUCUUCUUUUUCCACGAGGCUUCCAAACAGUUUAUUAACAGUCCAUUAAUUAAUUAAUUUUUCCAUUUAAUGUCCUUAUCUCCUGUCCCAAGCAGUCCAUUUGUGAGUUUAUAUCAGGGGUUUUCUGUGACAUUGCCCGCCACAGGUACUCUCAGUCACCGUUAUGUUGGACAGGUGUCUGGUUACAAUUACUUAUUUCCAACUGGAGAUUGUCACACUAUAAACACGUUGGGUUACAAUGGAUAUUACUGUUUUGCUUGGGCAUCAUUAAAUGAAAACUAAAAUUGUUAGAUGUUAAUUCCCAUUAAUAUUGGCCACCAGUGGUCCUACAGUUGUCCGACUCCGAGAAUGUCACACUUGCUGCACUUCUUUUACUUUAACCAGUUCGUUCUACAGCCAUUGGGGGCGUGGGGGGGAUAAAG